AUGACUGGCACCAAUCUUCAUGGUGCCGUUACCUGUGAACUCCAAUCUGCUUCUUCCAUUGGUGCUCAAAUUCUCAAAGAAGGCGGCAGCGCUGCAGACGCCAUUAUCGCCACUACACUCGCUGUCGGAACCGUCGCUUCUUACCAUUCUGGUAUCGGCGGAGGAGGAUUCGCUAUAGUGAGACAGCCCGAUGGAAAUUAUCGAAGUUUAGAUUUCAGGCCUGCAGCUCCGGCAGCGCUGACCUCCGCCAUGUUUGUCGGAAAACCUGGAGCCACUGCUGUUGGAGGACUUUCUGUGGCAGUACCGGGUGAAAUCAGAGGUUUCGAGGAACUACACAAAAGAUACGGGAAGCUACCCUGGAAGCGGUUAUUUCAACCGAGCAUCGAGCUUGCGAGAAACGGGUUCCUUUUCACUGAAGAUCUUUUGCACAUAAUACGGUCGAAAACUGUCCCCAAAGAUGUCAAUUCAAACUCGUCCGAUCGUGACCUGGCCCAGUCUUGGAUUCUUACACAUCCUGUACUCCGUGAGAUGUACGCCAAGAACGGCGCAUUUCUUCCUGUUGGCGCAACACUCACAAGACCGAAGCUCGCUCAUGCACUUGAAAUUAUCGCUGAGGAGGGUGCAGAUAUAUUCUACGAAGGGCAGUUAGCAAAGGAUUUGGUAGAGGCUGUCGCUGCCGAAGGUGGUGUCAUGACUUUGAAUGAUUUGAAGAACUACAAAGUUCAGGCUACAAAGCCUCUCAGCGUUGAUUACAAGGGCAAGUUCAAAAUAACUAGCUCUCCUGCUCCUGCUUCUGGCGGUGUGUUUUUAUUGGCAUUGAACAUAUUAUCGAACUACCCUGACAUAAGUGGUCCUGGGACUCUUAUGGACUCUCAUAGGUUGAUAGAGAGCUUGAAGUUUGCCUAUGCCCAUCGUACUCUCCUCGGAGAUCCCAGUUUUAUUUCUGACCUUGAGGCUGUUCAAAACGAAUUUGUGAAACCAGCAACAGGAAAGGAUCUUCACUCUCAGAUCCUCGCGCAUAGCACGCUACCUUCUGAAAUGUACAGCCCAAACAGAAUCAACGCUAACAUAAAACCUGACCAUGGAACAAGCAACAUCGUCGUAGCGGAUUCCGAUGGUCUGGUUAUCUCGAUCACAACUACAAUAACACUCUGGUGGGGCUCUCGUAUUGUUGUUCCCUCAUCCGACAUUGUGCUCAACAAUUCGAUAGAAGAUUUCAGUGUCGAAGGCCAAUCGAAUCAUUUUGGAUACCUUCCUACCCCAGCUAACUAUGUCAGAGGAAACAAAAGGCCGCUCUCAUCCUCUUCCCCGUUUAUCAUUGAGGAUUCGGAAGGACGGUUUCGUUACGCGGGAGGUGCUGCUGGUGGAAGUCGAAUAAUCAGCUGUAACGUUCAACAGGCGCGGAAUUUCAUGGAUUACGGAAUGAAUCCCACUCAAGCUCUGGCGCAUCACCGACUACAUGAUCAGAUAGCUCCUGACGAAACACAUUUGGAAAUGGGGCUUGUUGAUGAAGAAAUAGCCGUGAAUUUGAAGAGAAUGGGGCAUAAUGUUAAAUGGAUACCUAGGGCUGAAAGUGUGGGUUGUGCAAUCUCUUAUGAUCCUGACACAGGUGUUUAUCAGGCAGAGGGGGAACCCAGGCUUGUUGGGUCUGGGGGACAGGUGGUAUAG